AGAACAAAAACCGCGUGUGACUACUGCCGCAAGAGAAAGAGCAAGUGCAACGGCGAGGCACCUUGCUCCAACUGUGUGCGCUUCAACCGUCUCUGCCAGUACACCAGUGUUCCCAAAGAAAGAAAGAGAAGGGUAACGAAGAGUGCUACGCACGAUGGCAGACCUUCAAAGCCCCAGCCCAACGGAUCCAUUUCCGCGUUGUCCACCCGGUUGUCGGCGUUGGAGAGCUUGUUAACCAACUUGACCUCGAAACUCGAUAGUUCUCCUUCCAGUGUGAGUCUGCAGGAUUCCUGGAAAACUAGGCAGCUGGAGUUGCAGUUGGCUAAAAAUACAGACAAGAAAACCGACUUGAAGUCCCGCGAUGUGGUUCCAAUGUCUGCUGCCGUCACCGAUGCAAAAACCAUGCGGAAAAUCGCCACCCCCAAGAAAGUGUGCUUCUCCAGUACUAAAAACCGUUUGAAGUACUACUUCGGUUCUCACAGUAUAUUCGGUGCUUUCUCGGAGAAGAGUAUUCAAUUUCUAAGAAACAGACUCGAUAAAGGUGACAGGCUAGCAUUACCGGCCAAGAACCUUAAAGUCGCCUACAGCAAUGCAGUGGAUACUUCCAUCGAAAUGUGGUCGGACCCCAACAAUCCGUUGGGAUUUGAAGAUGUCAAGAGUUAUUUCGUGGUGGGACAGAGAACAUUAAUUUUUGAAUUGCUCGAAAAACAUUACGAAUCUAUCUACCUAGCCAGUUUCUUGUGUGACUUGAAUUUGGUUAGGGAAUUAUUCCAAAGAUACUACUAUGGUAUUGUUUCGGAUUCCAGAAGUCUUGACAGGUUGGGCAUCUCGGAGUAUUUGAUUAUGAACAUUGCCCUCUGCUUGUGUAUUAGUAAUGUCACCAGCCAAUCCUUGCGGGACCCAGACUACACUACGCUCAACAAUUCAAACAUUCAAUACUUGAAUGACUUGAAACAAGAUUGUAUUGAUAAUGCUAUCUUCUGUUACGGUCGUCUCUCGUUACAGUGUGAGGGCCUCCGUACGAUUCAGGGUAUUGCUUUGUUGAUUCUUUACGUGGAAGGAAACUAUCUUUCCGAUUUCGUCAUGACUCAAGUACUCACGUCUGUCAUUGUCAGGCACAGCCACUCUUUAGGAUUAUUACACACCAGUGGUUAUCUUGAAGUUACUCCAGAAGAAGCAGAAUUGAGAAGAAGAUUGGUUUGGUUCUGUGAGUACAUGGAUAUUGAUUAUUCUUACAGAACUGGUAACAACCUUCUUAUCAAUUUUGAUGACAUGACUGUCUUGAACGAGUUUGAUGACCACUUUUUGUCUAUUCCAAUGAGCCCAUUUACAUCUGAUGUAUUGACGAAGAAUAGCUCGCAAUUGCUUGAAAAGUGCAAGGAACGUGGUUCAGAAUACUACCAUGCUUAUUACACCUUGUUAUUGAACAGGUUAAGACUCAAAAGUUACCUCAGUCUUUACAGCACUAAGGCUGUUGUUUCCAGUCAAGAACAGUUGAUGGACUCGUUGGAUGAAAUUAAUUCCGAAAUGAACAAAAUGGCUGAAAUGAUGGAGCCGGAAGUCAGACCCACCAUGUACUAUGAACAGAGUUCUAAGCCUUCCUACUCGAACCUCAAGCAGAUGAAUGAUCCAAUGUUCAGGUAUGCCAACUUAAACUUCAAAUUGUUGUACUUCUCGCACUUGGCAUUAAUUAACAGAGUUCCGUUCGGAUAUAACGAUACCAAUGAUAGGUUAGUCAAAUUCGGUAACAUAUCUAUGGACUGUUCCAGAACAGUGUUGCACUUGAUUGCAAACUUGGAUAAGGAAGAUAUGUCGAAAUCCUUCCUCAACUUCAUCUCCUUCUACCCAUUUAUGGCCUUUUUCGGGAUUUUGGCCCAUACCUUCGCGUUCCCCAAACUUCCUAGUGCACACGAAGACAUCAUUUUGCUUAUACGGCUGUCAAUGAACUUUUUUGCAUCUCAGGACGAUCCCAACGAAUCGUGGGAUAGCAGAAGACUCUACGACGGAAAGAGUACCAUGUUGGACUUGGUCACCAGAGUAUUAUUGAGGUUACUCUUGAGCUCGCCCGACCUCAAACACGACUACACCAAGGAGUAUCCUGCCCUUGCCCUCCAUUUGUCCAAGUGUGAAACCAUCUACCCUGACUUGUUCAAG